GUGUGUGUGGGUUUUAACAGGAGCGCACGCGAGGCAGGACGGAGCGGUACGUCCUCUUCGGGGAGCAGAGAGUGAGAGAGAGAGAGAAGCGCAGCGGAACUUUCACGCCUUUACAUCGUUUUGGUUGUUUUUAACAGAGAGGAUGCUCAGAAGACGCUGCGGCGUUUCCCGAAGUCGCGAGCUUGCACAAACUGAGCUCUGAUACGGUUUUUAAUGAACCGGGCUCAUCCUGAGCGCGCGAUCACAUCAGGUCUUCUACGGGACUCUCGCGAUGUCCGCUACCUUUGGGUCCCUGCUGCUUCUUCUGGCGUUGGGUGUAUUGCCUGCGAGCGGGCAGACGGAGAUGAAGCGAGUAGUUGGUGAUAAUGCUACGCUGCCAUGUCACCACCAGCUUUGGCAUGCUGAUACCUCACUGCUGGACAUCGAGUGGCUGGUGGUGAAACCCAAUGCCAAGCAGAAAGCGGUGAUCACCUACUUUGCAGGACGGAUCUACGACCCAAGUGAGGGCGAGGCAGGGAGGUUGACCCUGGCUGGCGAUUAUCUGAAGGGCGAUGCCUCGCUGAUGAUUAGCGACCUUUCUCUCACGGACUCCGGGGAGUACAGCUGCAAGGUGAAGAACGGAGGGAAGUACUACUGGAAUACGGUCAACCUCAUUGUCCUGGUUAAGCCGUCCAAACCUCGCUGCUGGAUGGAGGGACGGCUGUUGGAGGGCAGUGAUGUAAAGAUGAGCUGUAAAUCCGCCGACGGAUCCGACCCCAUCCGGUACAAAUGGGAGAGAGUCCUGGACAAGGGCAGAUAUGUGGGGAAACUACCACCUCUCGCUCUCCUGGACCUGAAGAACCCGGAGUUCGUGACUCUGAGAAACCUGAGCCGAGAGAGUGCAGGCAUCUACAAGUGUACAGCCAGCAACGACGUGGGAGAGGAGAGCUGCACCGUGGAGGUCAAAAUUCACUAUGUUCGAGGUAUGGGAGUGAUGGCGGGCGCUGUGGUGGGUGUGUCCUUGGGUGUGCUGCUCCUCAUCCUCAUUGUGUGGCUGGUCUUCCGCAAGAAGGAGAAGAAGAAGUACGAAGAGGAAGAGACGCCCAACGAGAUCAGGGAGGACGCUGAGGCUCCCAAGGCCAAGCUGAUGAAACCCAACUCUCUCUCCUCCUCACGCUCAGGAAGCUCUCGCUCAGGCACCUCUUCCACCCAGUCUAUGGUUCCCAGUGGCGUCCCACGUGUCCACAAACCUCACCCGCCCCCUCCCACAGCGGGGCCCCUGAAAGACAGCGUUCAGCCUUCUACGUUGCCGGCCAUGCCCCCGGCGUACACACAGGUUGCCCCGAAGCUCCCGGAGCCUCACAGCAGCCCCAAACUGAGCCCGGCGAACCUGACACGGAUGGGCGCCAUGCCGGUGAUGAUCCCGGCACAGUCCAAAGCGUUCCAGACUGUCUAGAGAUACAUGAACAUCAACAUCAUCACACGCACACACCUGUAUACUGAUUUACUCCAAGGACACGCAUGAGCACGAUGCCAGCAACGAAAGUCAAACCACACACACACACACACACACAAACUGUGAGCCAAAUCAGACUCACUCCAUCAAGAGAAAUAAAGCAAGCAAAGACAAAUAAAAAGGGAAAUAAAGCCUGAAGUUGCUUGAAGCGUCUCUAAUCGCUGUGUCAAUAAAAUACCACACAUGGGAAAUAAGAAGCGAUUGCCCCCUUGAUGUGGACAAUAAAGGAAAACGGCAUUUUCUCUUAACACACACCAUUUGUUUUCCUCUUUGAUGGCAGCGGCGGGGAUUCUGCAUGGCCGGACAGAAUGGUUGAUUUAUUUCUAACAAGGAAGUAGCCGUAGUGAAAGGCAAGGAACACAACACAACGAGGAGUUUCUCUCCCUCGACUCGAACUGACGAGCAGCUGAGCCGCUCUGUUUGCACGCUGGAGGUGUUAGCAUGAAGCGGACAGCGUUUAGAGACAAGCGAGAGGAAAGGACUUGUUCCAAACACCUGCUCUCUUUUCCUUCCCAGUCACCAUAAUCCGAUUGGCUCCGAACCAGGAAGUGAAAUGUCAUUGAAUCAUCCACAUGGCUGAUUUGUAAAUCUUUUUUUUUUUAUUUCAUUACAAAACAUGUACAUGUACAGUCUUUUUUUUACAUAUGACAGUGGAAACAACGUCGUUAUUGAUAUUGGAGCAACACUCUCACGCUCUUAAAUUUGCCCAAAACCUUUGUAAAAUCACAAUAUUACAGUACAUUGAAUGAUAAGCCAGUUAUCAAUGAAUAUGCAAAUAAAUAUGGAAACACCCGAAAUCUAACAUUCCCCACCUCGUCCUCUAGUAGCCAAUCAGUAUUGUGAGAAGUUGCGGUUAAAAUGAGGGUGUAGUUAACAUCUAUGCUCUUUCUUACAAACUUCGUUUAUAUGAAAUCGAAGAAUUUGUAUGAAUUUUUUCAUGUCAAAAAAAAAAAAACGGUAUUGCAUGUCAUUCAUUUACAUAUUGGAACCUGAUUGGCUUUUAUAGUUGUUAUGCGUUGGCAUAUUGCAACCUGAUUGGCUGAUUCACUCACCUAUUGUUUUUUUUUUUUGUAACACAUUACACUGCAUUUUUAUUAUUAUUUUUAUUAAUGUUUUUUUUUCUUUUUACAAAUAUACUACGUUCUUGAAGCCUACAGUUAGAUUUUGAUGCUUUGCUUCUGAUCGCUUUCAUUUUUUCUCUCUCACACUUCUUUACAUCCUGAAUAAUAAAUGCAGCUUUCUACAUCGA